AUAGGUAUGGCCUUUCGAUGAUUCGGACGUUCCUUUACUUGAAGUCACUUGUAGGAGCCGGUCAUGAGACCUUUCUGGUAUUUAGUGUUCUUCGUUGGAAUUGUUACCUCGGGAGACCCAAGCACCAAUGAUGUUCCUGGAUGUGGUGACGCGCAACCGGGCAGUAAAGAAAUAACCACAUCGACGCCAACAACUGCCAAAGAAACAACAUCAUCUACUACGACUACUGAAGAAACCACAGCACUUUCAACAACCACAACGCUUUCAACAACCACGAAGAAAGGUGCUCGGGAAGAGGAUGAGAAGAAAUAUGGAUAUUACAGAGAUCGAAAUGGCUGCGUCCACAAAGUUCUACAGUCAUAUCAGUUGAUGUACGAUGCUGACUGCACAUACUACUGCCCAUACUAUCCUUUCCGAUACAAAGUUCCUAAUAGGACGCCGUGCUUGAUGCUACUGGAGAACAGACUUCAAGAACGUCAAUACGCUAGUUCAAAAGUAUGUCGCAAGGGAUAUUGCGUAUAUGGUACCUGCGUACCUACCGGUUACGUACAAAGGUGCACGGUACCACAAAAUGGCCCUAGGGUCUCGCGGCUUCCCCCGAAGAACAAUUACGAAUAAAUUGUUCCUGAUGUGUUGCA